AAGCUGAAGGCCAUACAGUGGAGUUAGUGGAGCAAUAUGUCCACCAGAGACCCACGGAGCGUCAGCACUCAGACACUGCCUGACUCUAGAGGUUGUGGAUGCUCCAUCCCUGGAGGUGUUCAAGGCCAGGUUGGAUGGGGCCCUGGGCAGCCUGGUCUUAGAUAUGGAGGUUGGUGGCCCUGCCUGUGGCGGAGGGGUUGGAGAUUCAUGAUCCUUGAGGUUCCUUCCAACCCAACCAUUCUAUGAUUCUGUGAUUUUCCUAAGCCAAUCCUCACAAGCCUUAUUACCAGCUGCAACCAUACAAAAGAGCUUCCAGAACUCCAGACCCUUUCUUUCUUCUGUUGAGCUGUACUUCUAGCAAACCACACUUUUUUCCCCCCUUACUUCAAACAUUUCUAUCUUGCACAAACAUGAACAAUAUUAACUCCCCAGGUAAUCUUGAAGAACAAAGACUCUGAGAUAAGAUUAGUUUUCCACAGAGAUGUUUAUAAGACUUUUUUCCCUUCCCUCCUGCUUAUGAGUUUCACCCCUUGGCAGGAAGGCUGGGGAUUGCAUAACAGUUUAGCUACACAUAAUUAGAGGGCACAAAAUUAUAUGUGAAGCAGGCAUGAUAUCCAGUAUGGGCCCACCCACAGCAAGAAGUGGAUGAGGACAGAGCUUUGCAAACGAACUUUCUGAUAAUGCUCGUUUUCGAAGCCACUUACUGUAAGCAGAGCACUGAGCCAUACAGAACCUAACUGCAGUAAUGACUCUUAUUUAGUUGUAACGCUUCAGUAACUUUCCCAGCAUGGGCCCUUCCUGUUGGUUGGACCACCUGCUUGCCAUUCCUACAAUGGAGUCCUGUUCAUGGCGGUGGGCUUAUCCUUUUUCUUUUAUAAAUGAUUGCUGCUUGAGUCACAUUUACCCUCAAAUGCUCUCCUUUCAGCAGUACUACAGGUGUUUGAAGGUGUUCCUGAAGGCAAACAAUCCUCCUUUGACCAAGAUUUCACAUGUAAACACGUCUUUUUGAAAUGUCACCUAUGUUUUUGUAAGAUGGUGGUUCCUAGAUUACGGUAUUUCCAUCUUGCCUAAUUUCUGCCCAUAAAUUGGUUUUAAACUUUGCAGCGGGGAUAACGGGAGAUAAAAUACCUUCCAGCUUUUACUUUUUCAUCUCCUAUACAGACAAGCAAAUGUCUAGUACUUUAUAUUUAUACCCUAAGUCAUGACAUCAGUAGUCAGAAGAUAACUACUAGAGCCUUGGAGGACCUUGCCCUUCUAUUGUUUCUGUGAUAGAGCUUCUGAUUUCUUUCUUCCUUUCUUCUACUUGAAAACCUUUCUGUCACUUUGUUCUGACAAAUAAACGUGCCCUUGAACCUCUGUACAAACUCCUUGGAGGCAGGAGGGUUUUCCAUCUGUAUACUGAUUAUUGAGUAGUCUUACUUCGAAGUAUGUAAAUCUUUCACUGGCUGAGGGUGGUGACGCACUGAACAGGUUGCCCAAGGAGGCUGUGGAUGCCCCAUCCCUGCAGGCAUUCAAGGCCAGGCUGGAUGUGGCUCUGGGCAGCCUGGUCUGCUGGUUGGCGACCCUGCACAUAGCAGGGGGGUUGAAACCAGGUGAUCAUUGUGGUCCUUUUCAACCCAGGCCAUUCUAUGAUUCUAUGAUUUGCCAUGUCUUCCCCAGUAGUUGUUUAACCAAAGGGUUUUCUGCUGGGUGCACAGGCAGCUGCUCCUUCCUUCCACCCAGAGGGGUCAUCAACAGCAGCACUCAUCCUGCACAGGGAGUUGAGAAAGAGGCAAUGCAAUCCCAAUGAGAAGUCUCUUUUCAUAGCCGGACAGGCUUUGUGACAUUCUUACCUCGCGGCCUAUCAGAAGAUGUUUUGUGGUUAGAAGUACUAUUUUAAGUCAUGCUUUCAAGGGGGCAACCCUAGGGCAAGGAGGAGCCUUAUGUUUGCCUGGCGUUACAGGGUGGUUGGUGAUCUGGCCUUGUACCUUCUAGACUGGUGCACAUCCUUCAUGUCUUUCCAUAAACCAGGCCUCUGCCAGCACCACUGGGCUGCAGUAUGGAUGGCUGGUGAGCACUGUGCUCAACUUUGGGCCCCUCACUACAGAACAGACAGUGAGGGGUCUGGUGCACAAGUGUUAUGGGGAGCUGCUGAGGGGGCUGGGAUGGGUCAGCCUGGAGCAGAAGAGCUCAGGGGUGACCUCAGUGCUCCUACAGCUCCUGAAAGGAGGUUGUGGUGAUGUGGGGUCAGCCUCUGCUCCCAAACCAUGGUGACAGGACGAGAGGUGAUGGCCUCAAGUUGUGCCACGAGGGGUUCAGGUUGAGUAUUGGGAAACAUUUCUUCUCAUAAAGAGCAGUGCUGCAGUGGCACAGCAGCCCAGGGAGGUGGUGGGGUCACCGCCCCUGGUGGGGUUCAACGUGGGGCUGUGGCACCGAGGGACGUGGGCAGUGGGCAUGGUGGGGGUGGGCUGGGUGAUCUUGGAGGUCUUUCCCAACCUGAGUGAUUCUGUGGUUCUACACUUGUUUGUCUCCUGACAGAAUCAGAGUGCUUGGAGCUGGAGGCUCCCCGGGGUCCGCCUGACCUGGCUGUGCUUCAUCCCCUUGCAGUGGGACCCCCCGAGCCGCCCAUCUCCCAGAGCGGAGCUCCUCGGGGGGGACAUUACGUCAUGCCCCCCUUCGCGUCACUCUGACGUCACUCCACGCCCCCCCCCCACACGCUCUCCUCCCCGCUACAUCGCGUUCAGCUCCGCCCUUCCCCCCUCACCACAGCCCCGGGGCGGGAGGCGGCGGCGGCGGGGGACGGGCGGCUCUGGGACAACUCCUACUUUCUGUCUCCUUUUGAUUGGCUUCCCAAGGAGGCAGUGUCCUAUAAAUUGCGGUCUGCUCUGUGCUUCUGCCCUAUUGCCGGCUGAGGGACAGUGUGCUUGAAGAAGGAAGAUGCCAAUAGUCAGAAACGUGAGCAGAGCUGUCAGCCAGCUGCUACAAAGCCCUGCUUGUGGAUGUGGGGUUUCCAUCGUGCCUGUUCGAUGCAUUGGCAUCUCACCCCGCCAGGUGGCCUCUGAUGCUAGCUUUCACUCGGUUUCUUUUUCCGAGUCUGAUCAUCCUCGGGUGCUAAUUACAGGUGGGCUUGGCCAGCUCGGUGUGGGACUUGCGAAGCUCCUCAGGAAACGAUUUGGAAAGAACAAUGUGAUCUUGUCUGACAUUCGGAAGCCAGCGGAUCACGUUUUUUAUAGUGGCCCUUUCAUCUACUCGGACAUCUUGGACUACAAGAAUCUACGUGAGAUAGUGGUGAAUAAUCGCAUAACGUGGCUCUUCCACUACAGUGCUUUGCUCAGUGCUGUUGGAGAAGCAAACGUCCCCUUGGCCAGAGCUGUAAAUAUUACUGGUUUACACAACGUUUUGGAUAUUGCAGCUGAGCAUAAUUUGCGACUCUUUGUUCCAAGCACGAUUGGAGCCUUUGGGCCCACCUCUCCCCGAGAUCCAACUCCUGAUCUCUGCAUUCAGAGACCAAGGACCAUCUAUGGUGUCUCCAAGGUUCAUGCUGAACUGAUGGGAGAGUACUACCAUUACCGAUAUGGCCUCGACUUUCGCUGCCUGAGGUACCCAGGAAUCAUAUCUGCCGACUCUCAGCCUGGUGGGGGAACAACUGAUUAUGCUGUCCAGAUUUUCCACGAUGCCAUUAAGACUGGCAAAUUUGAGUGCAACUUAAAGCCGGACACACGCCUUCCUAUGAUGUACAUUGAUGACUGCUUGAAAGCAACUCUAGAGGUCAUGGAGGCCCCUGCAGAGGCACUGAGCAUGAGGACAUACAACAUCAGUGCCAUGAGCUUCACUCCUGAAGAGCUGGCACAAGAGGUACAGAAGCACGUUCCUGAGCUUCAGGUGACCUACAAUGUGGACACGGUCAGGCAGGCAAUAGCUGACAGCUGGCCAAUGAACUUUGAUGACAGCAAUGCCCGGAGAGACUGGGGUUGGAAACAUGAUUAUGACCUCCCUGAAUUGGUGUCUACAAUGUUUAGCUUCCUUGGGUCUGAUUCCAGGAUUGCUCAAGCUAACUGAAAUAUUUUGUCAGAUGUUUCCAGAUUUCCACAGAGGACCAGGAAGAAAUGGCUAAAUCAGUUCUAUAGUUUUGAGUCUUAGAGCAUGUCAAUUAUUAGUUUUCCUAAGUAGCAAUGGAGUUGGGCAGAAUUAUACUGUAGCUGGAGUGUCCUGUUAGACACACAACAUCAUUAGGAGCUGUCUCCAAGUAAAGCACCCAUGAUACAGAGUUCUAGAACUUUCAUAUUCAAGCAAGUAGGAACAAAAAGCAUGUACUCUUGGCUGAUGAAUCUCCAGUCAUUCUUUCUGCCUCAUAUCCAGCAAGCAACAUGGGGCAAUGCUGUCAAACCUGAUGUUUCAGGAACAUCCCGCUGUGUUAAAAAUGGUUUUUCCAUUUCCCUAGUGGAGGUUAUUAGAUCAUAGUAAGAUAUGAUCCUUUCCUCUCUGCUUACAAAAGAGAGAAAUGUGCUAUUUGAUGUUUCCAAAUUGCAGGCAGGGUUUUUGCAACUCUAGUUUGAAGUCAAAUUUUGGUUAGUAUUUCAUAUUCAUAUAUAUAUAUUACUGUAUAAACAUACCAUUCUCUAUAUGUAGGACAUACGAAGUAACAUUAUUCUUACAAUGCCUAUAAAUGUGAAGAGGAAUAAAACUUGAAUUCUCUUUGUGCUUUAAAAAUGACAGGGUUUACAAGCUAAGCUUUUCCUAUUAUUUCAAAACUCUGCUGCCAUCAGUUUAACCUCAGUAGAUCCAAAAUACAGAAAGCUGUUAUGUUUAUGAGAAUCCAGGGUAUAUUUCAAGAAGACAGUGCCCAGGAGUGGGGUUAUUGUUAAUUAUUGCUACUUCUGGUCAUCCCACUUGUUUGCUAUGCUAGCAUUAUGACAUGCUGCCUAGAGCAAGUUCUGAGUUGGGCUGAUGAUGGAGACUUAUUUACAUUAGUCAGGUUGACCUUUGAGAUCUGUUCAUGUUGGCUGCUUUUUCUGUAUGUGCUGCAGAUGUAUUUGUAGAUGCUAUUUAUGUGCGACUGUCAUAUGCUUCUGUUCUUUAGAGAGGAUUCCAGAGGUGGAAACCAUCUCCUAGCUACAGUUAAGGCCUGUUCUGCUCAUUGAGUUUAAUGCACAGGAGAUUCUGGGAUUAACAAGGGAAUCUUAGUAGAAGGAUGCAGAGAAGAUGUGUCUAUCCAAAAGCUACUUAUGAGACUUUGAAAGUGAGAAAUGACAGACUGGAGAGACAGGAAAGCCUUUUAAGGUAAAACAGCACUCUUGCAUCUGGGCCAUGGGCUACUAUAGGAAUAGUAUGCCUUGAGAAACAACAUCUGGGAACUUGGAUUGUAUUUUACUUUCUCAAAGAAAAGAUAUCUUUCAUUUCCAAAAUAACUGGAAAUUCCCUAGAUGAAGCCCUCCAUCUAUUUUGUCUCGUAUACUCCAGUUGCCCAUGUAGGAAUUACACUCAAUAUUUUCUUGUCUACGUCGUUCACUAAGUUUUCUUUGACAAGGCUUUGGUAACUGAGAGUCUGCUACAGUCUGUAACCCUGCAGUGUUUCUUCAGUUAGUGGCUAACUGACAUGACCUGAUUGCUGCCUCUUUAUGAGGGAAUCUACAUACUGCAGGGGAAAUGGUUUUCACCAUAUCAUCUUGGUUUGAAGGUUGCUUUCAUGAGAAAACCAAGUAUCAUUUUAAACACUUAAAGUUGUAUCUCUUGGUUUUGUAUGUAUCUUACUGCUUUAUCUGUUGGCAAAGUGUGCAUUUCCCAGGUACUGAAGCUGAAAACCCUCUAGGGUUGUGGCCUGUUCUUAAAACUUGCUUUAUAAUGUUUACAUUUCUGAAAAAGGCAAGUUUGAAAAUGUUCACCACUGUUGUAGCUCUCGUGUUGUUCAAGUGUAAUAUUUGGCCCAAUGGGCCAGCGAAGUUGGGUUUAUUCAUACCAUCCAAGAACAGCUUGACUCUGGUUUUGUCCUCUAGCAUGCUAAAACAAGAGUGUCUGCCAUUAAACUGUGACACUGAUCCAUCAGAUGAAGGGCUUUAAAGGAUUUAAAUAGUUUUGUCCAUUCUAGUCCUUAAAUCAGUGCCAGGGGACUCCUUGUUGCCUCCAUUCCAUGGAAUCAGACCCAUCAACAGCUCUUUGGCUGGUUUCAUUUCUUUAGUUCAGAGAAAGUGAUGGGGUCCCACUCUACUCACCCCUGUUCAGAGCUCUAGUUAAUGCUAAAAGGGGUGAAGAACAAAAAAUACUCUUUCUUCUGAAGUAAGCUGUCCUUCACUGUGGCAUUGUACAGAAGCUUUAAGUUGUUAAAGCGCAGGUGAAAAUCAGACCUCUGGCAUUGUCAAUAGUGUGUUGUCUACCAAAAAUUGCUGACUAAUUUAGGAGCACUCUGGUUUUUAACCUGUGACCAACGAUGCCCGUGUUUUCUUUUUGCAUAUCUCCCCUGUAACUUCUGUUGUGACAAUGCUACAGUGUUUUCUGUACUAAACCAGUUUGAUGUGGUACGAAGUGUAUGACUUUUUCUACCAGUUUGGAGCCUGACUUCUGGGCUUAGACUUCUCCCAUGACAUUUGAGUGUUGCGGCUGUUACCUAUUCAGGAAAAAAAAAAAAAAGAUGUUAGGAAUAUUUUUUUUCAAAUACUGCAAACUGUGGGUGAUGCCUACUUUAAUAAAGUUCUAUACAGAUGUC